CUCCGGUAUCAACGCCGUUGAUGCCACAAAGUGCUGGUCCGACUUCAAUAUCAUUGGCAGUGGCUUCAGCAAAACCUUACAGAGCUGUACGCCACCGAGGAACAAUCAAGUAGGCCACAUCUCUCUUGCUUCCUAUCCACCCUAAUAGCAAUAGGAGUUCUAUUCAAGGUUGCUCUUAGCCAGCAAACAGCCAGAAGUCUUUGGGCACUGUUCCCGUCAUUCCCCCCUCAAUCUCCGCAUGAACAUGCGGCAGGAGAUAGACACCAGAAAGCCAGUGCCCGUCUGUCUCUUCCUAUAAAUUACACCCGAAGCUACGUCCCCAGUUCGCCAUCUCUACCUCCUUCCUCCCAUGGCUUCCGUCGUACGGCACUCGUUGCUAACCUUCCUCCUCCUGUUCGCCGUCUUUUCCCCUCGUGUCCACGCGAGAGAGAGUCGGGCCUUCAGCAAGGUCACGCGGGACGAAACAGUCGUCGUCCCCGAGGAGACGCCGGCUGUUCAAGUCGAGAAGGCAGCGAGACUUGGCAAGGAGACGUAUGGCUACGGUCACAACAGCAACGGGGACGCUCACUACUACGACGCUGAUGGUUUCUCUACGAGCUUCCCCAACACCAAACCCAAUGCGAAGUAUGGAACCUAUAAGAACAGGGAAUCAAUGUACCGCCCAAACUACGGUUACAGGAAGGAUCAAUAUGGAAUGAGCGACACCAGGUUUCUGGAGAACGGCAGGUACUUCUACGACGUUAAUGCUGAGAGGGGAUACGGAGCAUAUGCUGGUAUUGGCGUAGGUGGUGGCGAUCACCAUGGUUAUGGAGCAUAUAACAGCGAGGGAAACAGGUACGAGGGCAACCAAGAAGGCGAGGAGUACGUUCCAUGAGCGACCCAACGGAGCAAAUGGAGUGUUCGCUGCUGUUCUUUCUUUCACUCGCAUGCAUUUCCGUGUUUGGUGAUGCCAACCAAAAUAUCUAUCAAUCGUAUGGGUAAUGCAAAAAUUAAUAAUAAAAAGGAAAUAUAUAUAUAUUAUUAA